UUGAUUCGUUCACGAUUCGCAGACUGCAUUAUGACGCUCUUUGUGGGAACACCAACUCACAAAGCAUGACUAACUACAGAUUUAUUCGAUAAUGCUUUGUAAAUACAACGUUAUUUCUUUUAUCUCGCUCUACGAAUAACUCUCUUUACUUUAGGGCAACAACGCUAGCAUAUUAGCCGUUCGAUUCUACAGCUUUUGUGUCUACAUUGUUAUGUGCUAUUUGCAUUUAUCGACUAUUAUGCUUUUAAGCAUGAGUUAUGAUAGAUAAUGCAUUUGUAUAAAUCACAUGGAGGCGAACAGAAAGAGUAUAGGCAUUCAGAAGUGCUAGUUAGCUAGCUAGCUAGCUAGCUGAGGAGACUGAAGUGCUAUGCAUCGUCUUGCUCCUGGUCCUCCUCGCAGUCACACUGGAACCGUCAGCUUUUGGAUUGCUGACAUUUAGUUAGAGACAUUUAGUUAUUAAAUUAGCCUAAAGCCCUGGCACUUGCAUUACAUGGGAAAUCUACAAUGUCGAGGAUUCUUCUGGGCCUGGUAAUGCUUGGAUGCACUGUUGCUGUUGAAGAUGUUCAUGCCUUUGACGACCCGAUCACCAGGCUUGUGAAUGAAAAACCGGGUGAGCGGUGCUCGGGUAGAGUGGAGGUGCGUUAUGGGCACCAGUGGGGCACUGUGUGCCAGCAUGGUUGGGAUCUGGAGGAUGCCGCAGUGGUUUGUAGAGAGCUCGACUGCGGCUUUGUGUUGGACAUUCCAGGUGGCGCUCGUUUCGGACGGGCCGGUGGAGAGGUGCUGUGGAGGAAUGUGAAAUGCUCGGGUGACGAGUUUGCCCUGGAUCUGUGUGAACGCUCCCUCAAUGAUGACGUGUGUAUGCACAGUGAGGAUGCUGGAGUGGAGUGCACAGGAAAACUUCUAGCCCCAACCUUGUCAAUUCAGUCUCGCUUCUACACCUAUUCAGCCGGAGAGGCUGUUCACUUUAAAUGCACUUCCCCGUACUGGCAGUCCGUCAUUGACUUCCAUCUGUACAAAAGAGGUGUGGACACUCCGAAAGAUUUGUAUUUUGUUUUACGCAACCUGUGUUUGUUUGUAGUGGUUCAUAAUUUUUUCUCCAACCAGGAAAACUUCUAG